UCAGGGAUAAUCACUGUCCUCGAUGCGAAGUAUGCGGAACAUAACCUCCUUGAGAAAAAACCCGAUUGUGUCACAAAUGAAGCUGUAAGACAGGUGGCGCUGUCGGAUCUCCUCAUUCUCAACAAAACUGAUUUGGUCGACCCUCAACAGUUACAGACUGUGACAGACCUUGUGAGGACGGUCAACAGCUCCGCAGAAAUCGUCAAGACUGAACGAUGCAGAAUUAGUUUGAAAAAAAUAUUGGAUCUCCAUGCUUACGAUAAAUUUGACAACGUAGAAUAUGAGCAGACACUACAUAAUCGAUUCCACUGUGAUCAGCCUCAUUUAGAUCAGCGAGUAAGAACAGUAACCAUUGAGGUUAAAGGCAGCAUGACCCAUGAUGCCUUAGACACCCUAGUAGAAGUAUUGCUGUGGGAAAAAUCGCUAACUUCGUCAUCAGGGAAAAGUGUUAAUAUUUACAGGAUGAAGGGUUUGUUGUCAUUGGUGGGUGAGCCUCGUAGAGUUAUGCUGCAGGCUGUACAGGAGUUAUAUGAAGUAGAUCCUAUUGAACCAUGGCCUGAAAACACACCAAGAUCCUGCAAGUUUGUUUUGAUAGGUGAAAAUCUAGAAGAAGCGAAACUUUCUGGAUUCUUGAAAGGCCUUGUUAGUUUUGAAUCGCUGGCACCGUAAAUGUCCAAACGUGAGUCAGAUGACUGAACCUCACAAAUUAGUUUCAGCAGGAUUUAAUAAAUAUGCAGCACUUACAGUAUGUGGCUAUCAUAUUUUUUAUGGUAAUCCAUCACAUUACUUUUGAUACAAAUUUCAGUUUCUUAAUUGUAAACUUUUGCUGUUCAAGCUAAUUACUUUGAAUUUAGAAAUUUUAUAUAUAAUUGGUAACCAUUUAGGAAUUUGGUAUGUAUGUUUUAUAUUAUAAGCAGCAUCAGGUUAUUUUACUCAAGAUUACAAAGAAUCCUGUUGUGUACAGAGAUUAAUGCCUUGUGUUUGGUCAUGCUCGGUGAAUUAUUUAAUCAGGUACAAUUCCUGUUUCAAGAAUGGGUCUUUGUCUUUCCAUUUAUUCAGGAAGUUUCAUUAUUACUAGGAGAUAAGAAAAACAUAUCUAUGUUAGUUAUAAUACACCCAAGUUGUUAGUAAAUUCAUUUGAUACUCCUAAAAUAAAAGUUUAGAUGUAAAUAAUAUAAACAUAUUUGAGAAAUCCCAGACAAGUAAUUAUUCAGGGCUUCUGGACAUAGCUAAACCAAAUCUUUACUCAACUAUUUUAGUUUUAUGGGUAAUUAUUAUUUUAGUUACACAAACAUGUUACUUAGACAGGAUGCUUUCCUUUGAAAAGAGCCAUAAUUUAGAAAAGAAUGUUACAUGCUGCCUUGUUUGAAUUACAGUGCUGUUUCAAAUAUUUGUUUUUAUUUGCUGCCUAUUUACAGUAUCAAGGUUCGUAAUCAACUUGCAACCUAUGAGUAAUUUUGUCAGCUCUUCUGGGUCAGUAAAUACAGCUAAGUUCUUCCUACUCCAAACAUGUAUUGACAGUACUUUCAUAUAUGCCAUUUUUGUUUCAAGAGAAGUAAAACUACUGUAGAUAAAACGAUACUACUAGUUAAUAUUUGAAAAGAAGUUAGAGACAUUUAGAUUGUGUUGUACUAUACUGUGUAGUGGCAGCAUUUUCCUGUGGUAUAUUUAAUGUCAAAAUUAUGAUGGAAUACAGUAGAAGGUCCUUUUUUUUUUUCUCAUGCACUUAAUGAAUCACAUAUGUACAAAUCCUACUUUUGAGGUAUAUACACUUGAUAAUUUAUCUACAAAACAUACUACUGCAUCUUUUGUGUAUAUAAGACGAUAUUAAUUUUAGUCUGACUGAUGUAAGGAGAGAAGUAAUGAGGCCUUUUAGACCUUGUUUAAACCAUGUACCUGGAUCUCAAAGUUAUGUUCUUUAUUGACGUUAGUAGGAAGCUGAAGUGAAUUUUGGAAUUAUGAUCAGGGUUACUUUAAAGGGUACUAUUAAAGGUACUACUGAAAUGAUUGUUUUUGUAUUCUGGAAUACUAUAAAGCUUGAAAGUUUUAUGUAGAAAGGUAGGUGCUUAUAUAAAAUCCCAUGUGUAAUAAGUACUUAACUUUAUGAUAGGUGAGCAUGUUUGUAAAUAGUGUCUUCUCAAUAUUAAUAGAUUUCAAAAGCUCUGAUAUUCAUUAAUAUAAAUCUUUAAUAAGAAGAUUAGUACUGUAAGUGUUUCAGAUCCAACAUGGAAACUAACAAAAUUUACUUACUAAAGAAUAUUAUUAUUAUGAAAAUAAUAUCCAACCUUGGAAUAAAUACUGAAAUUAUGGUACUGGCUGUGCAUCAACUUUAUAAGGUUAUGAGAGAAAAAAUUUCUGUUGUAGAAAUUCAGAAUUCCCUGGCUGGUCUGGUGUAAAAAAAAUAAAGGAAGGUUUGGUUUGUUAUGUACAUGAUCUUUGUUGUGAUUAUUGUAACCAUGUAAAUAAUUUUUAUUGGUAUUUAAUGUACUUUUUCUAGUACAGUUAAUAUGGUUGUGUGUGUGCUUCUUUUGUAAAAUUUUUUAUUCUCAUUUCCUGUCAUUCUCUUUUGUUGUUCAGAGUAAUGAAUACUUAUAAAUUAUUCUUUUAAUGUAGGAUGGUACUGCUGCUGAAGUAUUGUUCACUAUCCUUUUUUUCCAUUAUCCAUUUUUUUCAUCAGCUUACGUAUAAAUAACAGAAAAUGAAAAAACAUAGUCACCAGAUUAAAAUACCAAAGAACACAAACAUUAGUAUGAAUAAACAAAAGCACAUGAAAGAUUUUUUAUCAUUAUGUUUGUUUUUGUAAAUUUUAAUUCUAAUAUACGGAGUUUUGUUGUGAAACGUAAUCCGUACGUUAUAGCGUUACUUGAGUAGUUCAAUUUAGUGGCAUGUUGUACUGUAAGGAUUUAUUUUUGUUUAUAUGGAAAUACAAAAAAAAAAGGCCUUUUGUGUAGGAAUAUCCCUCAGUGUGAGCUGGAAACAUGUUGAAGCUUGAAUUAAAAGUAGCUAGGGAAGUUUGGGGGAGGGGGGCACUCACCUGCUGAAGUUCAUACUUUACUUUUUUCUAUGACAAUAGUUGUACUAAGCUGUUUUGCUACACUGACUGAUUAUCAUAUUCAAACUUCUUUUAUAUUUUAUAUUGUAUAUAAGACAUUUGCACUUUUCAUCCAACGAUUUGAACAAGAAAAAUGAACAAUGAAAGGUGUGAGGAUGUAAGCAAGCAUUUGGCUGCUUUAUGACCAUGGUGGUAUUGUAACCUGUUGUGUUGCUCUGCAGUGACAAGUUCUGCAGCAAGUAUGCUGGUUAGUCUCCUUCACAGUAAAGAGGUUCAGCAGCAGCAGCAGAGGAAGGCUGAAAGAUGUUCACAGGUUUUGUCAAAGAUGAUUACUCAGCUUUUGAUACUGUGAAAUCUUUUUGACCAUUUCCUCCCCCUACCUUCUGCUUGUUUUUCUCUGGGUCGCUGAGGGGCAUGUGAUGAUGGUAGGUAAUCAGCCCAUGCUGUACUGCAGUGCCCACUAGGGUGUGCUAGCCAAACUCUGCCCAGGUGAGUCAGUGAUGCAUGCUUAUGGUUCACUUCUGCCCUAUAUUUGCUUCAUUGGAGUACUGGCAUACAUUUCCCUCCCUCUCUAUUAUGGCUGUUCCCAAUAUGGAUCUUAAUGCAGUUAAGCUUCUUGUAAUGGUUAUCUUGGUCUGUGUAAGUACCCUCAUGGUACCAUGCAUGGGCUGAAAUCCUCCUUGAAACUACCUGCCUCAGCGCAUCUUCUACAAUAAUUGAGGAGAGCAAGACUCAUGGACAUUGUAAGGUGGGGAAACAAGCAUAUAUUGAGCUCCUCCUCCUCCUCCUCCUCCUUGAGUUCUUCCUCCGCAUCAACUUCUACACUCUCAUUUCUGUAGCAAGAAUAAUAAGGUCUCAGAAGCUGUCUCAAGAGACAGGUACUUGGACUUUGUCUUGAGAGGUGCCUUUGUCCAAUGCUCCUAUCCUGGAUGCAAGUAAUCUUGCUUAAUGGAGCAGCUUGUUCUUUGGUUACUCUACAAAUCUAAAAGGAUAAAGUUUAGCAGUGGAGAAGAGGUGUUCCAAUAAGUGAAAAACGUUGAUUCACCUUGGUCUCCUUUAAGCUCUUUGGGACACUGAAUGGUACAGCAAUCAAACCUGAGGUGGGUAUGCCUUCUGCAUCUGGUAUCAGGAGUGCUUGACCUCCUUCAAACCUUGACAAGGAGUUCAGGUUUCUUCUUCCUCUUAAAAGGGACAAGUGUCUUCUCAGCCACUUUUGGCAACUCUCCUCACCUUCAGCUCUGGCUUAAAGAGAAAACAAGGGGAAGAGGACCUAAGGUGGACUGUUUUCUUCUCUAACAGCCAUGAGUAGGGAUAGUUUGUGUUCUUCAGAAUGAUUACAGAAUACUUUUUGAGGACCACUUACCUCCUUACACUUGGAUAAUGAUCCCACUGGACCUACCCUCCAAGAUCUCUCAAACAGUUGGUACAGCUCUGGUUUCAGCAAGCUCAGGGAGGUGAAAGCAUACCCCCUGUUGUGAAAAGAGCUACCAACUUGGUUUUUGGAAGGUUGGUGUUGGGCCUUGGCACCACCACCAACACAUAUUUCAUUUGAAAUUUUAGGGUAGGUUGUCCUCAAACGACCUUUCCUCUCUCCUUGUGCACUUGAGCCAAGAGUGAUUGAAGGAGGGUACUUUUGUGGUGGCUGGAGGAUGGGAGCCUCUUACUGGGGUCUUCUUUGAACUUCUAACAUUUUUUUAUACAGGUACACAAUCCUUUACCCAUAAUUCUAAAACCAUGAAACUCUAAAAACUGAAAACAUUUGUGGAGAGUAGAGAGUAAAAUCAUAAGUUUGGUAGUUUGGCAUGCUAAUGGUUGACUGGAGUCAUUUGGGUUAGUGCUGCUACUCAGAUUACUUUUCUUACUAAAUCCCAAGA